UCGACAUUUUCUCUAAACUUCCACUGGGAUGGUAGAUAUUGUAGAUAGAAGUUUAAGCAGAAGAAAAUUGUUUUCCUUAGCUAUACAGCUUAGAAAUAUUUUUAAGUCGGUUAUAAAUUGAAUUGGAAAUUUAGACAAGCUGCACCAAAUGAGUUAAUGGCUUCACUUAUUUCACUGAUUUCGGAUUGCCAACAAGAAUUACGACGGCACGUGGAAUACGGUAAUAUUAAUGGAGCCUUAGAACAAAUUAACAACGGAGCCGACCCUAACUAUCGUUAUAAAGAUGGUGCUGCAAUUAUACAUAUUAUAGCAGAACGAAAUCAAAUCAAGAUGUUUAAAGAAAUCAUUAAGACUUUUGAAGGCUUGAAAAUUAAUAUGAAACAUUCUCAGCUUGGAGUAACAGCGUUGAUGAUAUCAGUAUUUCUAUACAAGACUGAGAUGGUAGUGGCUCUGUUAGAGGAAAACGCUGACCCAAACAUACUGGACAACAAGAAACAGAGUGCUUUACAUUACUCAACUCAAAGAGGAGAUAUUAAAAUAACACAAAUAUUAUUAAGAUAUGGGGCGAAUUCAGUUAACAAAAACAUUUUUGAUAAUACACCUCUGUCCCAAGCUGUAAUAGAAGUACCAAAUCUUACGAUUACAUUUUUACUAUUACAAUUUGAAUAUAGUACCGAUUACAUGGGAGAUUUAUUUUUAGAUGCUUGUCUUUAUUGCAAUAGCCGAAAGCGCAAAAAUAUUACAAUGUUACUAAUUCAUAUCGGUCGAGCGAAUAUUAAUUAUCAACAUCGAGAUACUAAAAAAUCAUGUUUGCACAUCUUGGCUAUGACAAAUUACGUUCCACUUGCGGUCUCUCUUUUAAGAGAAGGUGCGGAUGUUAAUUUAAAAGAUAUAGACAAUCGAUUAGCUAUAGAUGUUGCAAAUGAACAUCGAAAUGUCGAGAUGUACUCGUUACUGACGGCAAAUGAAAAAGAAAUAAAGAGUUACUCUCCAUUACCCGCAACCGCCUCCAAAAAAUCUGUCGUUUUCUCAAUUCCAUCAGAAGUCAUAAUUCCUAAACCAAAGGAAAAGAAACAUAUUAGUUUUAGUUUUAAGUGAAUGGAAAUGAUAUAAAUAUAUAUUAAUAUGAUAUUAUUGUAUAGUAUAUACUGUAUAUUUACUAAGUAAAUUCUAAUAAUUUUAA